AUGUCCACCAAGCCCCUCGAGCGAGUCACCGUCAUCGGUGCCUCAGGCCGCAUCGGCGGCGCCUUCGCCAAAGCGCUCGUCGCAACCGGCAAGCACACCGUAACGGCCCUAACCCGGGCCGGCAGCGCCAGCAAGCUCCCAGCGGGCGUCAAGGCCGUGGAAGUCGACUACGACGACGAAGCGGCGCUGGUGGCGGCGUUGCAGGGACAGCAGUUCCUAGCCAUCACUUUGGGGGUCGCCGCGCCGGAGGACCUGCACGGCAAGAUCGUCACGGCGGCGGGCAAGGCGGGCGUGCCCUACGUGAUGCCCAACGUCUACGGCUACCCGCAGCCGGCGGCGCCGCGGCCCCACGACAUGUACUCCGGGUUCGCGAUCGAGCGCGUGCGGCAGGUGGUGGACACGGGCGUGUCCAGCCCCGUGACCAUGUCGUCCGGGUUCUGGUAUGAGUGGAGCCUGGCGCUGGGCCAACAGUGGUUUGGGUUUGAGAUCCGCGAUCGCAGGGUCACCUUCUUUGACGACGGGCGGCGCACGGUUACCGCGAGCACGUGGGACCAGUGCGGGCGCGCGUUCGCGGCGCUGCUGAGCCUGCCUGAGACGGGUGCGUCGCCGGCGCUGGCUGAUUUCAAGGGUGGGAUGCUGCUGGUCGAUAGCUUCCGCGUGUCGCAGCGGGAUAUGCUCGACAGCUUGCACCGCGUGCUGGGGACGUCGGACGCGGACUGGGAGAUCUUGUACGAGCCGGUGGUCAAGCGUGUGCAGGAGGGGAUUGUGCAGAUGAAGCAGGGGGAUCGGCACGGGUUUGCUAAGGCGUUGUAUGGCGACAUCUUUGACGCGACCAACGACGCGAGUGACUACGCCGCGACGCGGAAGACGGCGACGCAGAUCCUGGGGCUGCCGAAGGAGGACCUGGAUGAGGCGACCAAGCGGACGGUGGACAUGGUUCUGAACGACUGGACGCCGUUUUCCGACACGAAGAUGUAGCAUAUUGAAGGGAUCAGUGGUAGCCUAGGGUGGUGGAGGGGUGGCUUUCAAGAUAGAGAUUUCUAGUACAUGUACUGAUAGAUCCGCUAUCAAUCGCUCCUUUAUACUGAGCCAUAGCCGCGUUGGUGUUGACUUAGGAUCGGCGGGCACGUUUAUUUCCGCCCUUCUCGUCAGCGGGCAGCGAGGGUGAGGCUGCUGGCGCCUUUGCGCCACCCUGCUGGUGGAAGGCCGGCUUGCAGCCGGCGGUAUCUAGGGGCUU